AAUAUUUUGGGUUUACCUUCGAUACCUACCUAAUCGUUAUAUAUUUUUUUUCAUUGUAUUCAUUUGGAAAAAAUGUUAGUUAAAUACUCAUCUGUUUCUUUUUUUUUUUCUGUGUUUUUUGUUUCGAUGGUGUUAUUCUUUUUUCUCGAGAAAAUUAAAAUCCCGAGCCGAGCCGAGCCGAGUGUAUAAUUACAUAUCGAUUACGUAAUGGGGUGGGCCGGAUCUGUUGGUCACCGGCCCCAAUUGUUUAAAACCUGGGGGUAGUUUCGUAAAUACAGGUUGUUCGAAAUCCCGCUUUCGCUGGAGAGAGGGAGAGGAGCCCAUCCUAGUUAGCUAGUAGCUACGCAGUCGGUGGUGGUCGUGUGCGUGUUUCUCUUUCGCCACCUUCUUUUCGUGCGAUCUUCGCGGGAGAAUUUUGUGUUGCGGAAUCUAAUAUCUGAGACGAGGAUGAACCGCCACCACGAUUCCAAUCCCUUCGAAGAAGAAGAGGAAGAAGCUGUCAAUCCAUUUUCGAAGGGUGGUGGCGCCGCUGGAAGGGUUCCUGCUGCAUCUAGACCAGUUGGAUUUGGCAAAACCAAUGAUGACAUACCAUUGGAUACAAUGAAUGACUCUUCAAAGAAACAAAGAGAGGUUGCUGAUUGGGAAGCAGAUCUUAGGAGGAGAGAAAUGGAUAUUAAACAAAGAGAAGAAGCAAUUACGAAAUCCGGUGUCCAGACAGAUGAUAAAAAUUGGCCACAAUUUUUCCCAAUCAUACACCAUGACAUUGCUAAUGAGAUACCGAUUCAUGCACAAAAGCUGCAGUAUCUGGCCUUUGCUAGUUGGUUAGGUAUAGUUUUGUGUCUCAUGUUCAACAUCAUAGCUGUAAUUGUCUGCUGGAUUGAAGGCGGAGGCGUUAAGAUCUUCUUCCUUGCAACAAUCUAUGCAAUGCUCGGAUGUCCACUUUCGUAUGUGCUGUGGUACAGGCCUCUCUACAGAGCAAUGAGGACUGACAGUGCUUUGAAGUUUGGUUGGUUUUUCUUGGUCUACUUGAUUCACAUCGGCUUCUGCAUAUUUGCUGCCAUUGCUCCUCCGAUUGUCUUCAAUGGCAAGUCAUUAGCGGGUGUGCUCGCGGCAAUUAAUGUCAUCUCAGGCAGUUUAUUAACAGGGAUCUUCUACUUCAUCGGGUUUGGUCUCUUCUGCUUGGAGUCGCUUCUCAGUCUCUGGGUUCUCCAGAAAAUAUACCUCUACUUCAGGGGAAACAAGUGAAAGCAGAUAGAAACACAUUUAAGGUAAAAGGGUGGCU